AUGGUUGUCAACUCUAGCAAAGGCCUGAAAAAGGUCAUUGUGGUUGGGACAGGUCCGACUGGGUUGGUGUUGAGCCUCUUACUAGCCAAACACGGCAUCCAGGUUGAAUGUCUUGACAAGAACAUAGAGUUGGAUGACCAGCCUCGGGCGACGCAUUAUGGGCCUCCUGCCAACCGUGUACUUGCCAAGGUCGGACUACUCGACAGGAUCCGCGAAUAUGGAAUUGAGGUUGGAGGCGCCCGUUGGAGGAAACCUGAUGGAACUGUCCUGGCGAAAAUUCUGAACAGUAAUCUUGGCGAUAACCCGGAUCGCAUAUCAUGUCUUCCUCUGAACAAACUAUGCAGACUGGCUCUUGACGACUUGGAGAAGGAAUCCUUGGCCACCAUUAGAUGGAAUCACGAAGUUGUUGAGAUUCGUCACGAUGAAGACCAAGCAAAGCUGAUCGUGAGCACCCCGGAUGGCGCCAAAGAAAUGACAGCCGAUUAUGUAGUGGGCUGUGAUGGCGCAAACAGCGUCAUUCGCAAGCAGCUGUUUGGUCCAGAUUUCCCUGGCUACACCUGGGAUUUGACCAUCAUUGCCACAAACGUGUAUUAUGAUUUUGAAAGUUGUGGCUGGAGCGAUUCGAACUUCGUCAUUCACCCCGAAAACUACUUCAUGGCUGCCCAUAUACAAAAGGAUGGGUUGUGGCGAGUCAGUUAUGGAGAAGUCCCUGGAUUAACACUGGAGGAGUACAAGAAGAGGCAGCCUGCCAAGUACGAGGCAAUUCUGCCCGGUAACCCCAAGCCUGGUCAGUAUAAGAUCACCAGUUUCAGUCCCUACAAAGUGCACCAGAGGCUUGCGCAAAAGAUGAGAGUCGGAAGAUUUCUGUUGGCGGGUGACUCUGCUCACCUGUGCAACCCAUUUGGCGGCAUGGGCCUCACAGGUGGACUAGUUGAUGUCGGCGAUCUUUUCGACUGCCUAAAAGGUAUCCAUGAUGGUCGGGCGACAGCUGACAUCCUCGACAAGUAUGAUCAUUAUCGAAGGGAGAAAUAUAGGCAAUUUAUAAACCCAGUCUCGGAAUCUAAUCUCAAGAGAAUGAGACUGAAUGCAGAUGAAGCCGAGGCCAAUGACCCUGGGCUCAAGAUGAUGCGUGAAGCAGACAAGUCUCUGGAAUCUUCGAAGACUUUUCAACUUGGGGUCCUAGGUUUGGCUCAUGAUAUGACUCAAUACUACAAUGAUAAUAGGCAAGUUGUGUGA